CGAUCGGUGCAGUUUGCGCGGGUGGAAGGAUAUAUAUCCCAUAUAAUCGGUCAAGAAGAAAUAGGGAGAGAUUUCUGGAUCCGGAUCAGGAUGCCUCGAAAACGACGCACCUCGACGGUUUCGCUGCAGGACAUUGAGGAUGACGAUUUUUGUUCGGAAGAAAAGUACGGCGGAGGAAGCAGCAGAGGCCAUAUCCAGGAUGCAAUGGAAGGCGUGAGGGCGCCGAGGAACGCAGCCAACGCAAGGGAACGGGCGCGGAUGCGAGUUCUCAGCAAGGCUUUCUGCAGGCUGAAAACAACCCUUCCCUGGGUUCCGGCAGACACGAAACUCAGCAAACUCGACACCCUCAGGCUCGCCGCUACCUACAUCGCGCACCUUCGCGCCGUUCUUCGAGACGAGGGUGAAUCCCAUCCGGAAACCACCAGAUCGCUCUCCCUAGCAUUGUCGUGGCCUUUUGCGAUCCAAGGAACCGGGGCUCCGAUGUUGAUGAACAAUAAUUGCACGUCAGGAUCAUCCUCGACUUCUUCAUCACCAGGCGGACAAUACCGAAACCAGCAGUCGCCGCUCGACGUUCAGCCAAACGUGCACAAUCAUCAUCAUCAUCAUAAUCACCAGCCCAUUCACGUUCGUCAUAAUCAUGAACCACAGCUUCCUUACUAUUGAACAAGCUGACAAGAUCACGUUAUUAUUCUUUAAAAUCAGAACAAAAAUAGAAUUUUGAUAACUGUUCGACUUUUCACACA